AUGGCGGAUUCCGAAAGAUCAUCAACAUCGCUUAUCGAUCCUCAAAGCGUAAACGUAACGCAUUGCCACUUACGGCAAACUCCUCGAUUGACAUCCCAGCAUUCAUGUCCUCGCAAGCUCACCACCGGUUUCAUCGAGGCCGCCACAGGCAACCGAAUAAGCUUCUCCGAUAUCUGGAGUGCAGUUUAUCGUGUCGCCGACUGUCUCCACCACGACCUCGGAAUACGGAGAGGCGACGUUGUCCUUGUCCUCUCUCCGAACUCUAUCUCCAUCCCCGUCGUCUGCCUCUCAAUCACUCUCGGUGCCGUUGUCACCACCGUGAAUCCUCUCAACACCGCCGUUGAGAUCGCCAAACAGAUCGUCGAUAGCAAUCUAAAGCUCGCCUUCACAACUCCCGAGCUAGCUCACAAAAUAGCCGCCUCCACCCCUAUCUCCGUUGUCCUUACGGAGGACGACGAGGAGCGUGUGGGAUCCAAAACCGGAAUCAGAGUGGUUGGGAUUCUGAGCGAGAUGGUGAACAAGGAACAGAGUGGUCGACGAGUCAGAGACCGAGUUGACCAAGACGACACGGCGAUGCUUCUCUGCUCGUCGGGAACCACAGGACGAAGUAAAGGAGUGAUGUCAUCUCACGGAAACUUAAUCGCGCACGUGGCGAGAUUCAUUGUAGAGCCAUUCGAGCCAGAUCAGAUCUUUCUCUGCACCGUUCCGAUGUUCCACACCUUCGGAUUACUGAACUACGCCAUGGCCACCGUAUCAUUGGGUUCCACGGUUGUGAUCCUCCGAAGAUUCGAACUCAACGAGAUGUUGGACGCGGUCGACAAGUACAGAGCCACGAGCCUGGUUUUGGCGCCACCGGUUUUGGUGGCUAUGAUCAACGACUCAGACCGGAUCAAGGCUAAGUACAAUCUAAGCUCCCUGAACCGGUGGGGCCCCGUUGAGCAAAGAGGCUACGCUUUGACGGAAUCAAACAGCUCAGGAGCUUCGAUGGAUUCGGUGGAGGAGACCCGGAGAUACGGUACGGCGGGAUUGUUGUCGUCCGGCGAGGAUUGUGGAUCCGGAUACGGGUCGGGUCAUGGGAGUGAACCAAACGGGCGAGCUCUGGCUCAAAGGACCCGCUAUAACAAAAGAAACGAAGAAGCUACAAAAGAAACUAUUGAUUCAGAAGGAUGGCUUAAAACUGGAGAUCUAUGCUACAUUGACGAGGAUGGAUUUCUUUUUACCGUGGACCGAUUAAAAGAGCUAAUCAAAUACAAAGCUUACCAGGUUUCCAAACAAAGAAGUGGGCCAAAUUCCGAUGGCGUACGUUGUGAGGAAAACAGGGAGCUUCUUAUCGGAAAAGCUGAUAAUGGAGUUUAUAGCGAAACAAGUAGCACACCGUACAAGAAGAUACGAAAUGUGGCUUUUGUAUCUCCUAUACCAAAGAAUCCUUCAGGCAAGAUUCUACGCAAGGAUCUCAUCAAGCUCGCAACUUCAUCCUCAAAGCUUUGA